UCUACGCUCUUAUUGGUCGUUGAGACGAGUACACGUGCAUCAGUUAUGCACUUCAGGGUUUGAUUCUAUUCCUUCGCGUAUCGCCCUUUUUGGGCUUUGUCCAAAGCAAAAAGACGCGAAACACAUCCAAAUUGCUUUUGACACUACUGGCAACUAGUCAUCAAAUCAUUGUGAAUUACCCUACGUUUCGAAACGUGAUCACCUAAAAAAUGGAAUCUCAGAUUAAACGUGAAAAGAGUAAACAAGACGAAAUUUAUGUCGUACCAGAAAUUGAGAAACUUUUGGAAAGAGAUCCUUACUUAAAACCACAUGAAAAUGAAAUCCGGCACAGAUACGGUAAAUUCAAUGAGUUGAGGAAAGAAAUAUGCCAAUGUGAAGGAGGCAUUGAUAAAUUCACAUCUGGUUAUAAAUCAUUUGGCAUUCAUGUUAACCAAGACAACAGCGUUUCAUGCAAGGAAUGGGCACCAGGAGCUCGACAGCUGUACUUGUAUGGAGAUUUUAAUGGAUGGGAGAAAAGAGAUCCAUAUACAAAGCUUGACUUUGGAAAAUGGGAACUACACCUUCCUGCAAAUCCAGAUGGAUCUUGCCCAAUCAAGCAUGGUUCAAAAGUGAAGGUUGUUGUUGAAAAAGAUGAUGGAUUAUUGUUGGAUAGAUUGUCCCCAUGGGCAACUUAUGUUGUUCAACCCCCAGCCAAUGAAGGCUGUGCCUACCAACAAGUUGUUUGGCAUCCACCCCAGGCAUAUGAAUUUAAAAAUGAACGUCCCAAACGACCUGAUAGCCUCAGAAUAUACGAGUGCCAUAUUGGAAUCGCUACUGAAGAAGGAAAAGUUGGAUCUUAUAAGGAAUUUAAGGAAAAGGUUAUUCCGCGCAUUGUGAAACUUGGUUACAACGCCCUUCAGCUAAUGGCUAUAAUGGAACACGCAUACUACGGUAGCUUUGGAUACCAAGUUACCAGUUUUUAUGCAGCAUCAAGUCGGUUUGGGAACCCGGAAGAACUCAAAGAGCUGAUAGAUGUUGCUCAUUCUCAUGGUCUCGUCGUUCUCCUUGAUGUUGUCCACUCGCACGCCUCCAAAAACGUGUUAGACGGUCUAAACGAAUUCGAUGGCACAGAUUCCUGUUUUUUUCAUGGAGGCACACGCGGUGAACAUGCACUCUGGGACAGCCGGCUGUUUAAUUAUUCAAGCUGGGAAGUGCUACGCUUUUUACUCUCGAAUCUAAGGUGGUACAUGGAAGAGUUCCGAUUCGAUGGAUUCCGCUUUGAUGGCGUCACCUCUAUGUUAUACCAUUCACGGGGAAUCGGCCAAGGAUUCAGUGGCGACUACAAUGAAUAUUUCGGGCUUAACACGGACACAGACGCAGUGUGCUAUCUGAUGAUGGCUAACUAUGUAUUGCAUGAUCUUUACCCGGAUGUCAUCACCAUAGCCGAGGAUGUAUCCGGCAUGCCAGCGUUGUGCAGACCAGUAAGCGAAGGUGGUUCUGGAUUCGAUUAUCGAUUAGGAAUGGCCAUUCCAGAUAAGUGGAUCCAGCUUUUAAAGGAAUACAAAGAUGAAGACUGGAACAUCGGAAACCUCAUCCACACGUUGACUAACAGACGAUGGAUGGAAAAAACAAUUGCCUACGCCGAAUCUCACGAUCAGGCCUUGGUGGGUGACAAAACAAUAGCAUUUUGGUUGAUGGACAAGGAAAUGUAUACGCACAUGUCAGUAUUGUCAAAGUCAUCGCCGGUGAUAGAUCGGGGCAUGGCCUUGCACAAGAUGAUUCGACUCAUAACGCACUCCUUAGGUGGGGAAGGUUAUCUCAAUUUUAUUGGGAAUGAGUUUGGCCAUCCUGAAUGGUUGGAUUUUCCUCGGGUAGGCAACAAUGAAUCCUUCCACUACGCACGGAGGCAAUGGAAUCUUGUUGACAAUCAUCUACUCAAGUAUCAUUACUUGAAUGAUUUUGAUGCUGCGAUGAACAACUUAGAAGAACAGUAUGGAUGGCUGCAUACAAAUCCGGCUUACAUCAGUACAAAGCACGAGGGAGACAAAGUCAUUUCAUUCGAUCGUGCUGGUUUGGUGUUUGUCUUCAAUUUUAACUCGACACAGAGUUUCACCGACUACCGCAUUGCUGUACCAAAUGCUGGCAAAUAUCGCAUUGUGCUAGACUCAGAUGACAAAACAUUUGGUGGUCAUGGACGAUUGGACCAUAACACUGAAUUUUUGUCGCUUAAGGAACCAUUUGGAGACUACCCAAAUUCAUUAAUGGUGUACGCCCCGUGUCGCACAGGGUUUGUGUUGGCUCGUUCCGACUGAAGUUAACUGUUGUAGCUUCUGCUAACAAAGGAAGCUAUUAGUUGUAGGAUAUUUCAAUAUAGCUUGGAAUGAGCUAUCAGUCUGUUAUCUUUUAGGAUGUUGACUGAAAUUGCGUGUUAUGGGCUUUGGUAAUGUUUUCGCAUAAUGAAAUAGAUUUAAUAACAACGAGA